AUGACGAAGAUACCGAAAAUCCAAGAGAGACCACAAUGGGAGAGAAUCGCUUGUGAUAAAAAAGCGAGUCGCGAUGCCAAAAUUCCGCUAGACUGGAAAUUGAAGCCAGGGCAGGUUCCGGACGAUCAGCUCAAUGUCAUCAAUGUUCCCUAUGAAUGUGGAAUUUUGACAUUUAAAGAGCAGGAGAUCACGGAUUUGAGUGCUAAAAGCCUGGUAGAGAGGAUUUUGAGUCGCGAGUAUACUUCAUUUGAGGUCACACUUGCUUUUUGCAAACGGGCGGCGAUCGCACAACAGCUUGUAAACUGUCUUUCCGAAAUUUUCUUCGAAAACGCACUCGAGGCGUCUAAGUCACUGGAUGCCGAAUAUGAAGAAUCGGGAAUACCACGCGGCCCACUUCACGGACUACCCGUCUCACUCAAGGAUUGCUUCCAAGUUGAAGGAACAGAUGCAGCGAUUGGUUAUACUGCACUGGUGAAUAAGCCGACCUCAAAAGAAGAUGAAUCAGAAAUCACGAAGAUAAUGCGAGACAGCGGUGCUAUCCUCUUUUGCAAGACGAAUGUCCCAACCGCGUUGAUGUCUGGAGAGACUUUCAAUGCAAUCUACGGCUACACCUCGAAUCCCUACAAUCGCAACCUUUCUAGCGGAGGCUCAUCUGGCGGCGAAAGCGCUUUGUUGGCACUUCGCGGGUCUCCUUUGGGAAUUGGAACUGACGUGGGAGGAUCUGUUCGCAUACCCGCUUCAUUCUGCGGCCUUUACUCGCUGAAACCAUCUUUCGGUCGAUUUCCAACCUCAGGCAUCCUGGACAGUCUCAACGGCCAAGAAGCGGUGCGAAACACAGUCGGACUUAUGGCACACUCCUUGGACGACAUUGAGAUGUGGUGCAAGACGGUGGUAGACAGCCAACCACAUCUACGUGCAGAUCCCGAUUGCUUGCCUAUUCCGUGGCGAACGCCCGACAUACCCGAGAAGCUUUGUUUUGGGUUCCUAAUCGAUGAUGGUAUUGUGAAGCCACUUCCUCCUGUCACAAGAGCUUUGCUAUAUGCGAAAGCAGCUCUUGAAGCAGCUGGGCAUACAGUUGUGGAGUUCCGCAUUGAUGAUCCCCUUUUCCUGGAUUCUCUCAAAUUUGCGCUUUAUCGUUCGGCUGCAGCAGAUACUUUGCAGGGGGUUCUUGACAAGACAGGAGAACCAUGGCCGCAAGGUUAUGAGAUACUCGGGGAUAUGGUCAAUGACGAGAAUUAUCCAAAGGCAACGGUUUCUGACUUAUGGCGAGCACAAAUAAAGCGGACGGAAUACUCAAAACAGAUAUUGCAGAGCUGGGCAGCUUCCAAAAGUUCAACCGGGACAGGAAGAGAAAUUGACGCACUGAUUAUGCCAUGCUCGCCGUGGCCGGCAUCUUCAAGACAUGGAUUCAUAUACGAUAGUUAUACCAGCCUCUGGAACGUUCUUGAUUACUGCGCAGCUACCGUCCCAGUGACUCAGGUAUGUCCAGAAAAGGAUAAAGCAACGAACUUUGAAUCUCGCAACGCAGUUGAGGAUAAAGUUUGGAAAUAUUAUACACCAAAGGCUAUGGUCGACUCCCCGGUCUCUAUACAGGUGGUUGGACAGCGACUUCACGAGGAAUAUCUACUCGGAGUCACCAGGAGGAUGCAAAAUUGCUUAAACGUCUGGGAUCCAAAUUAG